UAGAUGUCAGGGUGAUCGUAAUGGCUGUCUCAGGUUCACAGUAUUGUGUCGGGCUUUUUUGAAGUUGUGUUAUUAAUAUAUUUAAAAUUGAUAAUCAAGUUCCAUGAUGUGAAGUAGUAUCAUUAGCAAUAACAGUCUUGUAUUAAGUAGUAAUUGGCUAUGUUAAUCAAUCUCAGUAUUGAAUUUUAUGAUUUGAAUGUAGGACCGUGGAUAAUCAAAGAGAGGUGGAGAUUAGCAAUUGUUAAAUGAAUAUUAUCAUUCAGAGCAAAGUUAUAUUGUUGAAUUGAAGAAGUUAUGUAGAUAAUGAUGACAAGAUGGCAUCAAGCCACCGACCAAUGCUUGUGGUUGGAGUAUUACUUGGGCUUGCUUGUUCAAUCUAUCUUACAAAACUUCUUCUCUGCGUUUUUGCUGAAAUUAGCCCCAGACUUGGUGAUAAAACCGAAGUAGAUGUCUGGCUUCAAGAGAAUGAUCUUCAGCAGUAUGAGAUCUACUUCAGGGAACGAGGAAUCUCAAGUCUGGUGAACUGCGCCCAGCUUGACGAUCUGCCAGAACUGCCAGCUCACGAUGAAGAGCGCCUCCAGAGGGCAUCACAUCUUCUGCAGCAGCGUCUGAUCCUCCGGCAGUGGCUGGGCCAGCACGGACUACAGCAUCACUACCAGAGGUUGAUCCAGCUGGAAGUGGCGUCACUGGAUGAUGUGUACUGGCUGGAAGACUCAAGAGCACGCUCGCUGCUUGGCAAAGACUUUCUGACAUGGGCUGCUGCACGCCAGGCCUUGCCGACAUCCAAAGACGAUUUGGCCCAGUUGAAAGGAGAGCUAUGGAGCGCCGUGGUCAAGUCCACACAGCACGAGGACGCGUGGACAUGGGGAGGCAUGCUGGUCGUGUCUGUGAGCGUGGCUGGUCUUGUCACCCUGGCCGCGAUGACUCAGCCCGCGCUCGCUCCCGAGGCAAAGCACACUCUGCUGCAGUAUGUGACGGGGAAGUACCUGCUGCCUGGAAACUGCAAGGUUAACUUUGAAUGGGAGGAUCCGCAGACUGUGGGUGAGACCAUGACUUUCACUGUCAAGUUCUACCAACGUAAUGGACAACCAUAUCCAAUCUGUGACACAGACAACCUUUUUGUGGAAGUGACAGAAGGUGCACGGAGAGUUGCUACCCUCUCCGAACUUGGAGGCACUGAUCCCAGUGCUGCCAAUGUUGCAGUUGUCAAGUUCACUGUGCGACAUGCAGGGAUGUACAAGAUAUCUGUGCUUAUUGGCAGUUGCCAUGUUCAUGGAAGCCCAUUCGUCAAGACUUUCCUUCCAGGACCUCCAGACCCUAACAAGUCCGUGUUUGUGCGUCACAGCUCAACAGUGGUUUGCACUGCAGGAAUUCCUCACUCACUUGCUAUUGAGCCUCGAGAUGAGUUUAAUAACCUCUGUUUGUUUCGCCCCGAUGAAAAUCCGACAGACGGGUACAAUGUGGCCGUCACUCAGAUUGGCUGCCCUGACCCUGUGCAGUGCUCAGUGAUGCUCAGUUAUGAGGAGACCAGCCAUCACAUCAGUCUUCAGGUACAGUUUCCCUCAGAAGGAUGUUUUCAUGCUACUGUCUCCUACAGGGGCAUUGAGCUGCAUAAUGGAGACUUUGAUAUCAUUGUACUCAGUGCAAGUGAUGCUGCACUAGUUCAAAAGAAUGUUGCUUCAAAGAACCACAACAUAUGCUAUGAGGCAAGGCUGGUGAGCAUCCAGGGUGAACGACUGUCCAAGCCAAGGAAGGUGUUUUGUUAUGUUUCACCAAAACAGCUGACUGUGAAGGAGUUCCUGCUCAAGUUCAUACCAAAGAGACUCAUCACAUUCCGGUUGUGCCCUUCCACAAAAUUCCACUUCCAGACUGGUAGCAGUAACAACAACAACAACAACAACAAUCAGCACAACUACCCCUCGUUCAUCGUGGAUGAUGGCUGUCAGCUCAAAGUGGAGCUCAUAGCCAAGGAACGCAAUGUCAUUGCUGCUACCUACCUAGGCGUGCCCUAUGUUGCAGGUGGGUCAGAGACCUUCAAGGAUAAGCAGGAUUUCUUUUAUCAUGAAGUACGGAAGUAUCACCAGAAGCACUACCAUGAGAAGCUACAAGUGAAGGUGAACCGGGAGAAAUUGCUUGAAUCUUCUAUGAAAGCAACAAAGGGCUUCUCGGUCAGUGACUGGUGUCGGAAUUUUGAAAUCAUCUUUCAGGGAGAACAAGGUUUGGACUGGGGAGGGAUACGUAGAGAGUGGUUUGAGUUGACGUGUGCAGCGCUGUUUGAUGCGCGGAAUGGCUUAUUCACGAGUUUCUCAGACAACCAGCAAGCUCUGGUGCACCCAAAUCCACAGCGACCACCCCACCUGAAGCUGAAGCACUAUGAGUUUGCAGGGAGGCUGGUUGGAAAGUGUCUAUAUGAAUCGGCGCUCGGGGGUUCAUACCGCCAACUGGUUCGUGCCAGGUUCACACGCUCCUUCCUAGCACUGAUCAUUGGUCUUCGAGUACAUUACAAGUAUUUUGAACAGGAUGAUCCAGAUCUGUACCUUAGUAAGGUGAAGUACAUCCUGGACCAUGAUGUGGAAGAAAUGGAGCUGUACUUCGUGGAGGAAGAAUAUGACAAGUUUGGACAGCUAAUGAAGGUUGUGGAGUUGGUGCAAGGAGGGGCAAAGUUGCGGGUCCAAAAUAGCACCAAGCACCAGUAUCUUGAUGCAUUGGCGCAGUACAGGCUUGCCAAUAACCUCAAGGACGAGGUGGAGCACUUCCUCAAAGGACUUAAUGAGCUCAUUCCAGACAACCUGCUCAGCAUAUUCGAUGAGAAUGAACUGGAGCUGUUGCUGUGUGGAACAGGCGAAUACAGUGUCGCUGACUUCCGGGCCAAUCACGUGGUGAAUGGAGGGUCUACAGAGUUCCGGCGCAUCCUGGACUGGUUCUGGACUGCAGUGUCCAACUUCACGCAGGAGGAGAUGGCUCGUUUGCUGCAGUUCACAACAGGCUGUUCCCAGCUCCCACCGGGUGGCUUUGGAGAGCUCAGUCCACGCUUUCAGAUCACGGCUGCACCUACAUUUGGCAACCUGCCCACUGCUCACACCUGUUUCAACCAGCUGUGUCUGCCUGAUUACGAGAGCUAUGAACACUUUGAGCGAGCAUUACUUCUUGCUAUCAGUGAAGGGACAGAAGGCUUCGGAAUGAUAUGAGACCCAUGUAGUCUUGUAUACGCAGUUUGAUUGCUGCCCAGGAUGUGUUUCCCACCAGCAGCUGUAAUGGCAGGUCCUUGCUGCUGCUACGUCAGCAUGGCCUUACUGAGCAUUUAGUUAUCCUGAUAGUAUAAAUGAGGUCCCCCAAAAUAGCAUACCUAAGAGGGGCACUCAUGUGUUCCUAUUGCUUGUUCUUGAACAUACGUAAUGUCUUCUGCUGGCCAGAAAGAAAUACAUCAUAACAUAAUAUGUCUAUUCAGGACACGCUUACUGUAAGUACUUGUGUUUGUAGAUCACAUGGGUUCUUCCUUAACCACAGGUGGUGGUUUAUUUGAUUUUCUAAAAAGUGGUUUAUUUCUGCCAUUAAGGGAUUGAAUUCAUUAUGCAAGUGAAAACAGAGUGGCUGCUACAUAAUUUUAAGUCUGUUUUCAGUGCUCAGUGCACCAAAUAAUUUUGCAGUGUAAAAUACUCAAAUGCUUAUAUAUAUUUAACAUAACUCAUUUGGUAGAUUGUAGUUUCUGCCUCUGUGGCUGCAAAGAAAUUUCUCAACAAAAUUGCAGUGGUUUGUUGUUUUGGCAUUUUUGAGGCACUUUAUACCUUCAGAGUUCUGACCGGAAGACAACAUUCUACCAAGACAUAAUAAUGCUUCAGCUAAUAUCGUAAUGGAUGCUUAAAAGAUAUCUCAUUUCCAGCAGUUAAAGAUUUUAACGAAUUUACUUCCAGGAAUUCUGCUGCUUGCUCGCUUCACAACCAAGCCAAUCUUGAGAUACACAAAUGGUUUGUAACAUUACAUGGCAAAAGAAAGAAUGGAAAAUGAUCUAUGUAUGUUCAAGAAAUUGCAGAAUGUAGCUGCAUAUGAACCGCCUAACAAUAAGGGGGGAACCUUUGUGCUCAAACCCAAAUGUGGAAAUGAAUGUGUUUAUAAACAUAUGUUUACUUCAUAAGGAAUUUACAGUUUUUGCAUGAAGUUGGCCUAUUUUGUACAUUUGUUUGAUCUUAACUGCAAAACAUCUGUACCAGAUACAGUCUUUACAUUGCAGUAGAAUUUAUACUUUUGUUAUAACAAAAUUUUCUUAUAUUAAGACUUAAAUAUAUUUGGAAAAUUACGUGGUAGAUGAUUUGAAGUUAUGAUCAUGUUCUGUAAAAUCAGCCAUUCUUUCUGAUUUCAAGAAACCUCCCUCUCUAGAAUAAGUAAAUGUAGGCAUGUAAAUGACUCUCUGCUUGAAUGUCAUACUGGUUUCUCCAGUACAGUUGUGCCAAUGGGAUUGUAGAAUUGUGACAUUGUAAUACUUGUGACGGAUUGGCCCAAGUCUGAUACUCAUCAGUGUAGAGUUUGAAACCUUCAGUUUUAGAGGAGGAGUUGGCUGCGGUGUUAAGAGCCCAUGAAAGUGGUAUCGUCUUAAAUUCCAGCUUAGUUUUUGUUGUAGAUUUUGAAGUAAUACAAUCCUCUAGUCCACUGGGACUGAGCAGAUUCCACUGUUCUUGCAUUAGAGUUUAUAAAUUGGGACCAGAAGGAUGAGAGAUGCCCCUGAGUGUCGUGACACCAUUUCGUGUAAGUUUUCAGAAAGUAAGAGUGCCACAUGACAGGAGUAUUUGCUUUUUCAUACUGCUCUUACACUUUAUUGUUUCAGUAAAUCUCAUACUUACGCUGUUA